GUGGGUGUUUUCAAACUGGUGGGUGUUUAUAUAUUAUGCAAUGAAAAUGAUCCCCUUCACCCGACCCCACCCCUAAACCCUACCCACACUCUGACGUGGGCAAAUCAGGUAACGCUCUCAAAAACGCCCCGCUGUCUAUGGCCUCGCCCAUCAAUCAUGUCCUGCAGAGACCUGUACUUGUACGGAUGACUCCUGUAUGUUACUUAAUUGUCUUUACCUUCAUUACAGUCGUCAUCCAUCAAAACCUUUUUAGUGACACUGGUUUUCUUUUUCCAACUGAGAGUGUUUGCGUUUUGAGCCACUGUUCAGUCAGUAUUUCACAGCAGCACGAUGAGAAACGGCCUGGGCUGAUCCGAAACAAUCACAGAAUAUGUAGAGAGGUGGUGCCUUAUUUUAAAUGUAUUUUUAAUUAAUUUAAUUUAUUUUUUUAAAUGUAACAUGUUAAUUAAAUUAAUUAAUUAUAUUAAUAUAUUUAAAUUAAUUUUAAUUUAUCUCGCGGCCCACCUGGAGGAUUACUGAGGACCCCUAGUGGUUGGGAACCACUGCUUCAAACCUACCCAAUAAACACUUUUAAUAUUAUUAAACACUCAUUCACAGUUUAUUUCCAGUUUUAGAACAUUAUUUUAAUUUUUAACCCGCGCUGAACGCGUUAAAAGCUUGGUCUGUGAUAAUUGCAUUUUUGAGGGCCUAAACCUGCUCAAACUCAUGAAACUUUGCACACGCUUUAAAGUGGUGAAAAUUAAUGUGUGAUAUGGGUUUCAGAAUUAAGUGUUGCAAAAUGGCUCAAUAGCACCACCUACAAAAUUUCAACGAAGUGCACUUCACGCUAUGUUUCACAUACGGGUGUGAAAUUCAGUAGAAAUGUAACAUCCCUACAAAAAAGUCUCCUGAUGCAAAAUCUGAAAACCAACAGGAAUCAGAUAUUUUUUUAAUUUUCUCUGGCAAACUUGUGCAGUUUUUGCCAUCUCCAGAUGUUGUACUUUACUCGUUAAUUCUCUAGUACGGAAAUGGAAACUGUGGUUUUAGAGCCUUUGCAUCGUGCUAAAACCUUUAGUUUGAUCGACACCUUUAUGAGCGACAGACACAAUGGACAAAAUCUUUUCGUUCUUCUGUAUGUUUUCUUAUUGGAUUAUGCAAAUCACGUCCAGUGAUGCAUCAGUACGAGGAUCUUCUGAUCUGUUCAGAGUUCAGAUUGGAGAAGACAUCACUCUGAACUGCAGCAUGAGAAGCAGAUAUGAAAUGGCCUGGUAUCAUCUCAGAUCUGAAGAGCUCGUUCUGCUGAUUUCUGCAGAGAAGCACAAAACUGGAAGAAAACUUCUGAUCCACUAUAAUCUAAACAGCACUCGUCUGAAAAUGACAGCAGACAGUUGGGUCACCAGAGUCUCUCUAACUAUUUCAGGAGUAACAGAGUCAGAUUCUGGUCUUUAUUUCUUUGGAAUAAAAUCUGACACUACAGAGAUGCACUUCAACAGAACCAUCAGACUGGAGAUUGAGGGUCUUUCAGAGACGAAAGAAGAAGAUAUAAUCACAGAUGAUGGAGUGACGGUGACGGAGCGUGUGUUGAUGUUCGGUGGUGUUGGACUGGCUGUGUUUGUGUUUUUUCUGACUACAGUCAUCGCAGGAGGAAUCAUUUACCAUCGAGGACAGCAGAAAGGAUGGAAAGAAGCGAAACGUGCAUCUCGGAUGAGUUACAAAUCAGCUAAAUGACACAUUUACGUGCUUUAUUUGACUAUCUGAGCUUUGCUUUGCAAAUCAGCAUUGCUGUAGGGAAACACAAAUAGACAACUGUCUUUUCCUGUUGGUCUGAUCUUUCUUUCACUUCAGAGAAACUGAGAUGUUGUGGUAAAUGAUGUCUUUUUCAGCACCAGUGAAUCUUAAACAGUCAUAGUGAUUAUUCAGGUUUGUGCGGUUCAGGUAAUAUUCAGAAACAUUUCAAAGUGCUUCCACUGUCUUUAAUGAACAUUGUGUCUGACUUAUAUCUCUCUUAUAUAGACUUUAUGUAUUAAACUUGAGGAGUAUUAAUGUGUACAUAUAAGCUGUUUUCAAGAGGAAAUGUAAAUGUAAAUCUCUUCUGUGGCACAUAAAGUUUGAUUUAAUAAAAAUGUCAACCGAUGUAUUCAAUGAUAAAUGUGUUGAUGAGAAAUCAAAUAAA